AUGACGAAUAAAAGAGGAUUGUCUACUGAUCAGGGCCCGACAGAGACUAAGAAGCUCAAGAAAGGCAUCACUGGCAAGGACUCGGUCAAUGACUGUCCCGGACGGCCAUCUGACCCGUCGACUUUCCUCGAUACUAAGAACAACGAGCAGAAAACGGCCGCAUACGUGGGCUACACGGAGGUCGCUCACCUUCGAGAGUUGGCCGUUAGUUGGCCGUUACUGAAGGCCUAUCCUCGAUUCGACGCCGUUUGCCGCGGCCUUUCGCGAAAAAGUCCUUUUCUAUUGAUUCUUGGGGAUGAGAAGGCAUUCACCGAUGUAAACCCAGACCACAAAUGGCCGCUGAGUGAUGACAACGACGCCACUAUUCGAUCCCGUCACAUGGCAGCGAUUAUUCUUCAGGUCGAGAAAGACUUAAAGGAUUAUCGCUUCGCACCCCAAAACAAUUCUUUGAGGAACCACGAGUACCAAAAAAAAUUCAAGGAUGCGUUCCCCGAUCUCGCCAUUGCUAGCUUCAUUCAAACAUGCCCACCACCAGAAUUGGGUCCUCUCGAAAACGAACAUAGACUCGAGUCUAUCAAUAGAUGUUGGGCUCUACUGACGUAUAUGAGGUAUUCCAUCCAAGCCAAAUCCUGGAAUUCGCGUUUUAGCAAAGAAGGUGUUGCUGUCCGCGUGUCCGUUGCAGCAUCUCACAUACCGGGGUGGAUGAGACCAACAGAUACUAUUGUACGCCCUGAGAUUAAGCCCCAAGGAGAGGUGGCGGUUGGUGACAAUUUGAACCCGAUCUCGGUGACUGUGGUCUGGGAGCGGACAAAAAAGUUUGACGGCUACGAGGAACUGGUGAGCCUGCUGGAGACCGCUGAGGAGAAAGGACUCGCUAUUCCGAAUAAUUCGUACCUGCUACCCAACGAUCACGAUCCUAGACUCUUCAAAAGCAUAUUCUCGUUCAAGGACUGUCUUCGGCGAAUCUACCGUUGUCAAGAAAUUGGCAUGGAUAUUGAGAGACUCCGGUUGGAUUAUAUCAUCACGUCUGAUGAGGAGCCGAGAAGUGACAAUAUUCUUGUUGGAGACUGGGACGAGACUCUUUCUACCUUUGAUAAUAAAGAUUUCAGCAGAUUCUCAGUGAAAGUCCUAUUUGCCGCCAUCAAAAACAACGGUGUUUCUCUUUUCGAAAGCUUCGAGCCGUUGCCGGCUCUUACCUCGUUUUUCACAACGGUGGAGUCUGAUGUCACUGUCAAUGCCCAGAACGUGAAUAAAGACCUGAUUGAAUACUUCAAGAGCAUUCCGGCGAGCAACUCUAAUGAGGUCGGACAUCCACCAGAGCCAAAGACGUUCGAUAGCAGGGAAGCUUUCAUCGCAUAUUACAGCGGUUUUGAUGUCGAGACUGAGGAGGGCAAGAUGAAUUUCCAACGAAAAGUCCUUUCUAAGCUGAGUCGCAACGCGAAUUCGGCGAGUUUGACACAGGACCAACUCCCUAAGGAUCUGGCUAAGGAGGAUCAACAGAUUAUCUCCGAAAUACAGAAAAAUAUUUGUCAGGAGUCCAUCGAGGAAGAGUCAUUUCCCGACAAGGAUGACAGAUUGAUGCAAGCCCAGUACUACACGUUUCAACGAGCAUUUUCUGGCACACAGAGUCGUGCUGGACCACCACUAGACAUUUGUAUGCGCCUCCUACUGGCUACGGAACAAGCAAACGGACUCUACAAGUCCGAGCUUCUGAAAGACUUUGUUAAGUCGGAGUUCUACAAUUACCAACUCGCAGGAGCUGUUGGGGUAAUUCUAAAGCUUUAUGGUAGUAUAAAUGCGGAGCUAUUACUCUCUGGUACUGGGCAGCUAUACCAUCCUCAAGCGAAUGACGUCCGUGAUGCUGCUAGACAGCUCCGAGAUAUUCGCGUUCAUGGUGUAAUACUGGCUGAUGAGACAGGAUUUGGGAAAACGAAGCAAUGUCUGCUUGCGGCGGUUUUACACUCCCUUCUUUACACUGAAACGGACGAUAACGGUGAUAACUGCUACAGGCCGAUGCUUCUUGUUGUACCCCCAACCCUGAUUCGACAGUGGGUUCAAGAGAUAUACCAUGACUGGCCUUAUCUUCGCCCUCUCCUUUCUUACGAGGACCAAACUCUGAGAUCAAGUUUGGAUAUCAUUCAGAUCCCACAAAUUGCUAUGCGUGAAUUUCCUAGUCUCGAUGCUUUUCCUCCACACCUCCAAUAUAUAUUCAACUGUCAUGCACGAAUUGCCAGCCGAGUGAUCAUCGUUACUUCAUACAUGACCCAUAAGAACAGGACUGGGCAGACGGAAGUCAAGCACUAUCCAGGAAAAUCGUUCGACCCGCCGCGAUUUCAUCCAGAGACUAACGAAGAAAUCUUUGAAGAAAAGCCAAGGACAGAAACAAUUUGGAAGUCAGGACAUACGAAGCGCUAUUCUCUUCUGAUUGCAGAUGAAGCGCAAAAAGUCAAAAAUCCUGACACGGAUACUUGGUGCGUUCUACGAGUCCAACAGUAUCCAAAGACCAUCCUUGCAACGGCAACUCCAAUGUUCAACGCAGCUCAGGAUCUCGUUGGUCUUGUUGGUCUUCUCUGGCCAGCUGCUCGAGAGGAUUUAUAUGCCAGUGCAGAAACUGACUCACGACUGAAAAAAGUGCUUCAGGACAUCGAGAAGUCCCGUAACGACCCCAUGAAAGUACUUUCUAAACUUGACUUGAGGGACCCUGCUCGUCUUGAACUCAUGAAUACGGAGUCUCUGGCAAAGAUCUUCGCGCACCGCGAAAAACUCCAUCUGAGAGUAGCUGCUCGAUUCCAGCCUCUCCUUGAUCUAGUUUGUGUGCAAAGAUCUCAAGGAUCGCAGUUGAAUAUAAAAAGCGGCGCACCUAUCAAGCUUGGGACUCUUUUCAAGAAAAUACAUUACCAUACCGCGAAAGCCCAAUUUGAUCCCGGAGAGGAACUCGAAUAUCAGAUGUGGCACAGAGAAGCUGCCAAGGAGUACGUCGCGGAGUCCAAGAAAGUGGAGAUAAAAAUCGCCGCUCCGAAUGCCACAGUGAAGAAAAGCAAAAGGGACAAUAAGGACAAAAAGGACUUUGCAGCAGCGAUAAUCCCUCUGAGGAAACUUGCCAUAGCCAACUUCGCAACCAAACUAGCUCGUCUCAAUGCGAUCAUGGAGAACAUCGGAGGAGACACCCAUGUCACAACUCUGCGGUUAUGGAGAGCUAAAGGCAUGGAUGCAGAGAUGAUCCAUCAGAUCACGCGUGGCAAGGGCGAAAAACUUGCGCGGACUGCUGAAGAUCUUCUAAAGUUCCUCACUCAUGGCUCGCCGGCUUUGCGUCUCAUAUUCCAGGAACUCACCAAGGUGAAAGUCAUUGAGAAAGUUAACAAAGAGCGAUACGGUCAUCAUCAGAAGUUGAUCAUUGGCGAAGUUGUACCAGCAAAUGCAUUUUUACUAGAGACAGUUCUUAGAGCCUGUCUUAUCGAUGCCAGAGUGUUCCAUGCUGAUCUCUCCCAUCAAGCUAAGAGUCUGAUGGUCGAUAUGUUCAAUGACGCUAAAAGCUCGUUGAAGGUCCUCAUCAUGCUUUAUGAUGUAGGGGCAGUCGGUCUCAAUCUGCACAAAGCCUGCAAUCGUGUUCUCAUCUCCAGCAUACCUCGCAGCCGUUGUCAAGAAAGCCAACUCGCCGGCCGAGCUCUGCGGAUCACUUCGGAAUUCCCGUUAACAGUUGUCCGUAGAUGGACACCAAAUAGCCAUGAUCAAUUCCGCGGAGCUCGGCAGGCCGAGAAAGCAGCGCUGCAACUGGCAGCAAAUGCGCAGGAUUCUUCGAUUAAGCGACUGAUAGUUCAACUGUUGCAAAAAUUGCAACCCGAAGUUGACGAAUGCCAUCAAAGUACUGCUGGGCAAGACCUGCUGGAAGAGAUGACUACUCGUAGCCAGAAACGAGUAGAGGAAGCAGUGGAGACGCUUAAGGGGGAAACAAAGGGGGAAAGAAGUCAAAAGGUGCCAGAGAGAUACGGAUCCUUGAAAUUCGACAAACACGGUACCAUACUUCCGCAUUCUCCUAUAACAAACACUACUCGCUCUGAUAGCGAAGACGAACUGGAAUUUGGCGAAGAAAAUGACGACGAAAACCACGAGGAACACGACGACGUUGAUAGCGAGGACGAGAUGUUAGAGGCCAGCUGGGGAGAAGGACUUGCCGAUACAGCAGACAUCGAUAUAGACGAUGCGGCAGCCAAUUUCGUCAAUGAAACUCAACCAGACGACGACACCCGUCACAAGCUUGCCCUAUUGCAAUUGCCAUUUAGCAAACAGUGGUCAGAAAAGGACUUGGAAAACGAGCUUUACAUGAGGAUUGGGCUACACUUACUCUACAAUAAAAUCCAUGGAGGAUCCUGGCUGCACCUUGGAAGAUCGAUCCAUCUCGCAUACCUUCAGUUUCCUCAGAAAGUCGUCGACAGGAUGAAAGGAUGUACUGAAGCUACAGAGAAACAGAAGAAGGCAGCUAUGACAUUCUAA